AUGCUUUCACUUUCGUCCAUCCAGGAAAAGAUCUCGUCGUUGGUUCACCGCCACAAGACCACCGCUAGCGACAUUGUCGAGACCGCCCAGGAGGUCAUCCUCCCCACUGCUAGCAAGAACUGGGACUUUAGCAUCACUUUUGUCGGUGCCAAGGAUGUGCCCCGUGGUGAUAUUCUCUCGUCGGAUCCUUACCUCGAGGCCUACCUUGGCGACCCCAAGGAUCCCUUGACUCUCUCCUUCAUCACGGGCGUCCACUGGAACACGCUGAACCCUGUGUGGGACGCCAAGUGGGAGUUGCUGAACGUCACUGACGAGACCGAGUUGCUGUUGUACAUCAAUGACAAGGACAAGAUGAAGGUUGAUACCCCUCUCGGCAAGGUUGUGUUUCCUCUCGGCGCUAAGUUGGAGGGUUCUCAGGAGCACGAGCUUGACAUCGUCCGCGCUGAUGGCCGUAUUCACGGUAAACUCAUUGUUCAUACAACCGGCACCAGAAGCUACGGAAAGUCCACUAGCUUGAGCAAGGCUACCACUGCCGGACCUGUCCGUUACUCGCGUCACACCAGCUAUGCCGCCGGUGUCUUGACUUCCGAGAACAAAAAGUUUGAGUUCUAUGCCUACCGCCUCCGUCUCUACCAUCUCAGUGAGAUCUUUGGAACUGACGCUUCUCAAUACAACGGAUGGAACAAGGAAUACUCGGCCGCUCAAAAGAUCUUUGGUGAGAACCUGGAGGGCUCCCAGAUUCGCCAGGCUCUUCACAACCAGCACGCCUACCUUUACCGCCACGGUCGCUCCACCCAGUACAACGCCGUGGCCAACGGCACUGAAUUGGGCGAUUUGCUUCACGGAGACCGUUUGAAGAAGGACCCCGAGCAGGAUUUGAAGAUGAUUGUUUUCACCUACAGCAUUGUCCCCAAGGGCAUGUAUUUCUCAGAGACAGGAGCUGCCUUCUUCCAGGAUUUCAUGUCGAAGCACGCGAUGCAUGCCAACCGUGCUACGGAGGUGAUGUUCUCGGGCGAGUUCCGUGUCUUCCGUGACGAGCACAACCACGACGACUGGACUUUAAUGAUCGACAACAACUCAGGAACUUACAGUCCCAGGAAGGAGGAUUUGCACAAGGUCAAGAAGCUGUUUGAGACCAACUUCCCUGGAUUGACUGUGAUUACCCUUGACCACGAGGACCCCGUGUUGAAGGAUAUCCGUACCGAGACCAAGAGGAUUGAGGCCGAGACUGCUGCCCGCCAGAAGCAGCGCUUCUCGCUCUUCAGCAGCAUGAGCAGCAAGUCCGAGGAGCCCCCCUCUCCCCAGGAGAUCUAG